ACAAUCAGGCUCUAAUUGUGACGAUGAGACCACAGUUUGACGGGUUCCUUGGGAGACGGGUGCGCUAGAGAGAUGGACACGAUUCCAAAGCGCUACUGUCUGCUUUAUCAAGUCACUUUAGUAUUGUUUGUCCUUGAGAUGAUAGUUCCUGCCCGAUGCUGGCAUAACUUAGACAAUGGUGAGUUCCAUUGCUGGCCGGAACACGCAAGCGAUGACAGACCAGAAACAUAUAACGAGUGUCCAGGGAUAACUUUACGCUGGAUAGAUCCCCCUCCUGACAGCGUACGGGCUCAGAAACACUUCAACGUCACUUACGAGCUGUUAGUGGAUACAAUCUUCUAUGAAUGGGCAGAGGAUAGGCAAAUAUUCGAUGCGAUUACGAAUGGCACAAAGGAUAAAAGGAAAGGUCAGACAGCAAAGCAAUGGUGCGUUCACACGAAGUGUCCAAGUCCCAGUCAGGCUUCCAAAGAAAACUGUUGUGUUAAUCACGUGAAUGUCCAUUCAUGUCCCUUACACCUGACUCCUAGGAUUUGCGGUCCCUGGGUGUCCCCCAAUGGAACUAUCUUUACCCACUCUGAGGUCAUGGUCGGAAAUGUAACUCAGGGGAACUGGACCAGUUUGAUCAGGGGCCUAUUUGAGGUUGGCCAGACCGAGUUACUGGCUCACUUUAAGCUGGGGAAUAUGCACAUAGCUCUUCAUAAGUCUGUCAAGGUGUUACCAUCGACAGUGUGCGGUGAUGAAGUCUGUGAAGCAGGUGAGGAAAAUUGCCAGGUGUGUCCACAUGACUGCGGGCCGUGUCCGCUCCCCAGGUGGCAGAUUGGUCUGAUGGUAACUGCUGGGGUGGUGGUGCUCAUCACCGUAGCCACUAUAUUUGGAUACUUUCAUUGGAAGCAACAGAAGUUGCUAUGGGAUGAAAGUUGGAUAAUUUCCUACGGCGAUGUGUUAGCAGAUACUACAUACAAUGGUUUACUGGGCAGUGAAUGGAGCCUUGCUGCCAGCUCAGCCAGCUCUGUCAGCCAAUUUAAUGCUGAUGUGGGAGAGAAGAACAAUUUUGCAGCAACAGCCAGAGUGAAGCAAAUCUUCACGCAGACUGGGAUUUUCAAGAACAGACUGGUCUCCAUAAAAAGAAUAGAGAAGAGGUAUUUCAGCUUAACCAAAGUUAUCAGGUUGGAAGUCUCACAAGUCAGACAGCUGGAUCAUGUUAACCUGGUAAAAUUUAUUGGAGGUUGUGUUGAGAUCCCUACUGUGGCCAUUAUCACAGAGUACUGCCCUAAAGGAGGCCUUAAUGAUGUGCUGCAAAAUGAUGAGAUCCCUCUCACCUGGGCUUUCAGAUUUUCUUUUAUACACGACAUAGCUCGUGGUUUGCAUUUUCUCCACUAUAAUAAAAUAACCCAUGGGCGUCUCAAGUCUCCAAACUGUGUGAUAGAUGACAGAUGGACUGUGAAAAUAUCUGACUUUGGACUUGCUACAUAUCGUGAAGAUGUGGAAGAAGACAAGUACAGGAGUAAGGCCUGCAGAGUGUAUAGAGCCCCAGAGCUGACACACCUUCCUGCUGCUCAACCAACACCAGAGGCAGAUGUUUAUGCAUUUGCCAUCAUUCUUGUAGAAAUUGCCACAAGGAAUGGACCAUAUGGGGAGGAAGAUAUUGAUGACCUACCUGACCACUGGAAGCCCAGCCUACCAGAUUUACAAAGUUCUGGUAAAACAAGUAAAGAAUACUCUUGUCCUUGUGGUGACCAGUACAUUCAGUUAAUAAAGCGCUGCUGGAGUGACAAUCCAUUUGACAGACCAAACUUUGAACAAAUUAAGCGACAAAUCCACAAGAUCAACCCCAAUAAACAGAGCCCAGUGGAUAUGAUGAUGACCAUGAUGGAGAAAUAUUCAAAGCAUCUGGAAGUGAUGGUUGCAGAGAGAACUCAGGAUCUGAUGGCAGAGAAGCAGAAAACAGACAGACUAUUAUACAGCAUGUUACCUAAAAGUGUAGCAGAUGCCCUGCGUCUUGGAAAACCAGUUCAAGCAGAGUCCUUUGAGUCCUGCACCAUUUUCUUUAGUGACAUUGUGGGUUUCACUGAGCUGGCAGGACACAGCACACCUCUGGAGGUGGUCACACUGCUCAAUAAACUGUACACAUGCUUCGAUGAAAUCAUUGACAGAUACAGUGUAUAUAAAGUGGAAACAAUAGGGGAUGCAUAUAUGGUUGUAUCAGGAGUUCCAAUAAGAAAUGCAAACCACCACUGUAAAGAAAUAGCUAAUCUGGCUAUUGACUUGGUAAAGGAAAGUGAAAUGUAUGUUAUACCUCACAAACCUUAUGAGUCACUCAGGAUAAGAGUGGGACUGCACUCAGGUCCAGUGUGUGCAGGAGUAGUUGGUUUGAAGAUGCCCAGGUACUGUCUGUUUGGUGAUACUGUGAACACUGCCUCCAGGAUGGAGUCUACAGGGGAAGCUGGGAAAAUCCACAUAAGUGAUACCACAUACCAGCUGCUACAGGAGUAUCAGGGGUUCUGCUGUCAAUCCAGGGGGACCAUCCCUAUCAAGGGAAAAGGGGACAUGAAAACCUGGUGGUUAGCAACAUUCCCGGCAAACAGACUAGAAGAAGUGAAAGCUAACAUUCUCAGAAAUGACAGCAUCAAUGAAAUACUAGGCUGCAAAAGAAAGAAAAAGAAGAAAAUGAAAAGAAGUAGAAAUAUAUACUCCAACUGUCCAGAUUUGAGAAAUACAGCUGACAGUGCAUUAGGACAAAAGCCCACUCAAGACCACUGCCAGAUGGACUUCACAAUCUGCUGACCAAGUCAAUAAAGACAGUGUAUAUUUGUGUAUAUUGGGUCAAAAAUAUGACAAGAAGUAACAUGCAACUUUCAGUAUGGUUUUUAACUUUCAACAUGCGUCAUUAUAGAAGAUCCUUACUGAAAUGGAUUUGUCAGCAUAUUUUAAAAUGUAUUCACAGAACAUUCAAGACAAAAAUUAAUUAUGGUUCUAUAUAUAUAUAUAUAUAUUUUAUUACCUUACCCAAGCUAACAUUAUUGCCUGUGUGUUUAUACCCAGAUGCUAAACACAUCUAAGGAAAACAUAAAAGUCGGUACCUGUAUGAUGAGUUACAUGCAUUUUAAAAUUAUGCCUUAUUCCUUUCAGUGUCAGGGGAGUAAAACAGAGGUAGAAAAGUUUGUAAUAUGGGAGCCAUAUACAUGUAUGAAACCACAAUCGGGUAUAUAUGCAUAGAAAAGCAGUAAGAAAAGUUUUUUUUAAUCAUAAAACACCUUCUGCCAAAAAUUAAUAACAUUGAAAGCACUUUCAUUGUACUGAUAAAUCAAAACAGGAAAUGGGUGAAAAAGUGAAAGACACUGAAUGAAAUCAACAAUCAAAUUUCACUAUUAUUACAAAAGUUGGAAACAACUGUUCAAGUGAAAACAAGGCUGUGCAAGUCUUAAGUCUUCCUUGUUUAAGUCACAAUUACUUGAUAAAAUGAGAGUCAUUGUACUCUAAUGAAUAUGCAUUGCAAUAUUUACCUUUUUGAAACACUUUGUUUAUAAUUUUGACACAUUGUGAACUGUUAUCCUAUAAACCCUUUGAAAGUAAACUUGGAACUAAAGUCCCAUGCAAAAUUGUUGCUGAUUUUGACCAUAUCAAGAGCAAGUUUGGCACCUCGGCAUCAAAAUCAUGUCUAUAGAUGUGUUGAGUCCACAGAUCUUUAUUCAUUGCACUAAUCUGUGUAAAAAAUUGUCUUUCAAAUAUUUGAAAACAUAGAAUUAAUGUUUCUAAAAAGGUCAAAUUUUGUAUGACCGUUGUCAUGUGCCAAUUCAUAAAAUAAGUCUUCGUUCACAUGGAAAGUCUAUUUUCUAAAAAUCUAUUUUCUA